AUGAGUGCCACAGAGAUCAAGGCCACAAAGGCAAACAUUGGUGUUUACACCAACCCCGCCCACGAUCUAUGGGUUGCAGAGGCAGAGCCAAGUCUGGAGGAGGUGCAAAGAGGCGGAGACUUGAAGCCUGGCGAGGUUCUGUUGAACGUCAAGAGCACUGGUAUCUGCGGUAGUGAUAUUCAUUUCUGGCAUGCUGGUUGCAUUGGCCCCAUGAUUGUCGAAGACACACAUGUCUUGGGCCACGAAUCCGCAGGCACAGUCAUGGCCUGCCACCCCUCAGUGACACACCUCAAGCCCGGCGACCGCGUAGCCAUCGAACCCAACAUCAUCUGCGGCGAAUGUGAGCCCUGCCUUACAGGCCGCUACAACGGCUGCGAGCGUGUUCUCUUCCUGUCCACCCCGCCCGUCACCGGCCUGCUGCGCCGCUACCUCAAGCACCCAGCCAUGUGGUGCCACAAGCUUCCAGACAGCAUGAGCUUCGAAGACGGCGCUAUGCUCGAGCCCCUCAGCGUCGCUCUCGCAGGCAUGGACCGCGCCAAUGUCCGUCUCGGCGACCCCGUCAUCGUCUGCGGCGCCGGCCCCAUCGGCCUCGUUACCCUCCUCUGCUGUCAAGCCGCGGGCGCCACUCCCCUCGUCAUCACCGACAUCGACCAAGGCCGCCUCAACUUCGCCAAAGAGCUCGUCCCCAACGUCCUCACCCACAAAGUCGAAUUCAGCCACACCCCCGAAGACUUCCAAGCCGCCAUCCUCAAGCUCACCGAGGGUGUCGAGCCCUCACACGCCAUGGAAUGCACGGGUGUCGAAAGCUCCAUCAACAGCGCCAUCCAAACCGUCAAGUUCGGCGGCAAAGUCUUCGUCAUUGGCGUCGGCAAAAACGAAAUCAAAAUCCCCUUCAUGCGCCUCAGUACCCGCGAGGUCGACCUCCAGUUCCAGUACCGCUACUGCAAUACCUGGCCCAAGGCUAUCCGGUUGUACAAGAGUGGCGUCAUUGAUCUCAAGAAGUUGGUUACCCAUCGCUUUAAGCUCGAGGAUGCCGUCGAGGCGUUUAAGACGGCUGCGGAUCCAAAGACGGGGUGUAUCAAGGUGCAGAUUCAGAGCUUGGAUUAA